UCAAGAUAAAAACAGAGGUCACCUAGAAGGAAAAACUAGAAAAAAGACAAAAAUACGUAUAGGUCAGUUCUCUGAACAGAUCUCGUGGACAACAGACAUGUUGGCUCUUGUUUGUCUUUCCUUUCUUGGUGUGGCACUUGGUGCCCCUACGUCCUGCAACUUGGCCUGUCACACAUCCUCGCCUGUGUGUGGAUCGGACGGACACACUUACAGAAGUUCCUGUGAUUUGGACACCGCCAACUGCAAGAAAGAGCAAUUAGGCCUCCCACACAUUCGCCUGUCUUUCAGGGGACCCUGUGGCAACAUCCUCGGCGGCUAUCAUGCCUCCACUUGUGACCAAAUCUGCAACGAGGAAAAAUCCCCCGUCUGCGCGUCUGACGGUGUUGUGUACGAAAAUAAAUGUCGCUUCACCCUGGCCCAGUGUGCUGCUUCCAAGAACGGCACCCGUCUCUCCAUUGUGUCGUACACCACUUCCUGCCCCACGCCUGUGGAAGCUAACUGUGAGAAGUUUGCGGUAAACACAUUUGACAUCGCCCUGGAGGGACCUCUCGGUGGCAGCAUCCAGACAUUCUGUCCCCUGAGCCGAAUGUCAAUUUGUACUAACCAUGGAACCUUCAGGGGUGAAUGCGAACUGUGCAAAUACAUCGACUCAUUCAUUGAGAAAGUCAAGCUCAACCCUUCCCUUAAAGUGCCAGACUUCAAGAUCUUUUACAAUGGCACAUGCCACAAUGGCGCAUACCCAAUCUACUACCCUGGAGGCCCCGUCGUCGCUAGCCCCUUCUUAACUGAUGAAGCUGUCAGAAAGUGAAAACUGUAACAAUAAAUAUAUGAACGUUU